CGCUCCGGCCAUGGGUGCAGUAUGCGGUGGUGGUGAGGGCGUACAACGCCCACGGCUCCGGACCCAUCUCGCCGCCCGUCGUGGUCAGGACGCUCGAGGACGUGCCUUCCGCUCCUCCCGUGGGCGUAGAGUGCAGUGGGGGAGCAGGAGGGUCGUCCCUGCACGUGAGGUGGGCGCCGCCUCCGGCCGCCGCCCACAACGGCCUCCUGCAGGGCUACCGCCUCACACUCACGCGGCUGGACGACUCCACAGAGAAGGUUGAGGAGCUGACCCGAAUGACGAGCGGUCGCGAGGAGAUCGUGGGCGGCCUGAGGGCGUGGUCAAACUACACCGUCACAGUCUCGGCCGUGACGCGGGCGGGCGCGGGCGUGGCGUCUCCCGACCUGACCUGCACCACGCGGGAGGACGUGGCGGGCAUGCCGGCCGGGCUCAGGGCUCUGCAGUCAAGCGAUGACUCGGCCAUCCUCACGUGGCUGCCUCCACAGCCACCCACGGGCGUGCUCCUGGGCUACACCCUCAACCACCGCCCUCCCCACGCCCGCGCGCCGCUGCAGCACCCUCUUCACGCCCACGCCAACUCCCACACUCUCUCGCACCUCACCCGAGGGACGCACGAGUUCUGGCUCACGGCGAGGACGAGGGUGGGCGAGGGGACGCCCACGCCCGCGGUCAAGCUCACGAUGCUGGACACUGAUUUCCUGAUUUAG